AUUAUUAAGUGAAUAUUAAAGGGGAUCCGGUACGACAGGGGGGAUUUAGAGGCAGUUCCGCGCUUUUUAGUAGUUUUAUUAAAUAAACGUUCAGAAACCCGUAAGUACUUCAGAGCGCGGCGGCAGUGGUUCACACGGUGUGAAGCGGCGGCAGGUGUUCCCGCGGGGAUUAUCCUCGCGGCGGCUGGCGGAAGGUUAGUGACUGGUUUCAGCGGCUCCUCAGUGCACUGUUUCUCCUCUCAGCGGCGAUAAUGCGCCUUUCCCUCCGCUGACUCACACACCACGUUACAUCCAGCAGACGCUCCAGGAGCACAGAGAGCCGGAGUUAAGGCUGACCGACCGGGAUUCGAAUGGCCUCUGUUGUGACGGUCAAGGCAGAGAAGCGAACAGCACUGGAUUCUGAGGAUGGUGAAAUGAUUGCUAAAAAAGCCAGAAAGUUGUUACCCAGCUUGAAGACCAAACGAGCCCCAGAGCUGGUCCUGGUGAUUGGCACUGGGGUGAGCUCAGCUGUGGCUCCGCAGGUGCCCGCACUACGCUCCUGGAAAGGCCUGAUUCAGGCACUUUUGGAUGCUGCUAAUGAUUUUGAUCUGCUGGAGGAGGAGGAGAGCCGGCGAUUCCAAAAGAGUCUACAGGAGGAUAAGAACCUAGUGCAUGUUGCACAUGACCUCAUUCAAAAACUCUCUCCGCGGACAGGAAACGUACGUUCCACCUUCUUCAAAGACUGCUUAUAUGAAGUGUUUGACGAUUUGGAGUGUAAGAUGGAGCAUGCGGGGAAGCACCUGCUGCGGUCUGUGCUCCAGCUGAUGGAAAGUGGGGCUUUAGUCCUCACCACCAACUUUGACAACCUGCUUGAAAUCUACGCAGCCCAUCAAGGCACCAAACUGGAAUCUCUGGACCUCACAGAUGAGAAGAAGGUCCUGGAGUGGGCUCAGGAGAAAAGGAGACUGAGUGUGCUUCAUAUACAUGGCGUUUAUACAAACCCCAGUGGCAUUGUGCUGCAUCCUGCUGGCUACCAGAAUGUUCUGAGAAACACUGAAGUCAUGCGGGAGAUCCAGAAGCUGUAUGAAACGAAAUCGUUUGUGUUUUUGGGAUGUGGACGCACAGUGGAUGACACUACCUUCCAGGCACUGUUUCUGGAGGCAGUCAAGCACAAGUCAGACCUGGAGCACUUCAUGCUGGUGCGUAGAGAGGAUGUCGGAGAGUUCAAGAAGCUUCGUGACAAUAUGCUUGACAAGGGCAUUAAAGUCAUCUCGUACGGAAAUGAGUAUGCUGACCUGCCGGAAUACUUUGAGCGCUUGGCCAAUGAGAUCUGCAAUAGGGACACCAAUGGAUGUGGAUCACUAAUACAAGAGGAAAGCCAAAACGGCUUUACUACACAGAAAACAUUUCUGCAAGACUACCACUCCUGACAGUCUAGAAUUUCGGUCUAGACACCGAGAUCAGCUGAACCCUCCAGUACUGGAGGUCCGUCACCCAGAACAGACUUCAGUCUUGCUAGCUGUAUUGCUUAUCAGGUAAAAGGGAAAAGUACCAGGAGCGGACUAAAGUGGAUUAAGAUGCUCUUCUGUAGCAGUCACAGAUCACCUGGAGUCAAGAAUGAGGACUAAAUACCAUGACACUUAGUACCAAUAUUAUGGUACUAAAUACCAUGACAACUCGUCCAUACGUUUCCAUGUUAUUCACUCAUUUAAACAUGUAUAAAAUAUUUUUGCCAAAUGAAAUGAGCCCUACUAAAUGUGUACAGUUCUCAGGCUUUCUACUGACACGGUGUUGUGUCCGAAUUUAACAUGAUGAAUUCAAAUAUGAAAACUUGCAUUCAUUAAUUUUCACGGACCACUCCUGCGGGAAAAAAGGACAGAUGCCGUAUUGUAGAGUUCUUUAAAAGGCAUUUGUAUUUUUUUACUGUCUGUUUUGUCCAGUUUUUCUGUUUGGGUAUUUAUAAGUGCUGUUUUACUGAUUUAUGAUUCAGAGGGGAUUUUAAAAUAUUGCCCCAAACAUAAUUUUCAUCUUUAAAAGUGCAAAUCUGAUCCAGGUACUAUGUGUUUUUGCAUUUUAUAAAUUAAAAGACUUCUUAUAAGUAUGUUCUUAGUGAUAGUGUGGUCUGCCACAACUAUGUUUAACAUCCUAUAAACAAAUCAACAGCCCCCACUGAAACUACGCAGCUGCUGCAUACUUUCAUUCAUGACGAUGCAGCCAGAAGGCACCAUAUCUCAAGGAUAUUAAAAGUUUGCUCUUAUUACUGUCUCUACUACAGAAAACUCUUCUUGAUUUUGGAGUUAGAGUUUAAUUGCAUUUAGCAACAAGAGCUUUACCUCACCUUACACCAGAAGUAUUGAACGCCAUUAUUGCAGAGAACACAGUUCCAAUGCUCUGCAGAUUAAUACUGAGGGUGAAUAAAUACUUCUAGCCCA